AAUCGAAAAACGAAUUAAAUUCACAAUUCCUCUGCUUCACAAUUCAAUUGCUUCCCAAUUCACCUACUUCGCAUUGUAUCUUAAUCGGAGAAGAUGAUGGACGAAGAGGACACUCGAUCGGAUGAAAUUGCUGAUGAAAAUAAGCGACCUGCGACAAAGCAAAUGGCGAAGCGACCGAAGGUAUCACGUAAAUUUGUGAAGAAAGGUGAUAGAGCACAGCCUAAAGAUGGAGGAAUUAACACUUAUUGUAAUGUGCUUGAGACCGUACGCAGAAUUAAAGGCAUGUUGAGAAAGGAGGAGCUUCAAGUCUUUAGAGGCACGGUUUUUGGAAAAUUGUUGGAUGUUCCUGAAGUUAGAUGGAUUAGUAAUGGGCUCUUAGUUGGUCUGUUAGAAAGGUACAAGUUACCAAAGCAAGGAAUAACUGGAUGUAAAGAAAUGAAGUUCAAAAUAAAUGGGAGAAAAGUCUUGUUCACAAAGCCAGAAUUUGAACUUAUCACAGGAUUAAGAAGCGGAGGAAAUAUGAUAACUUUGAAUGAUGAAAGGUUGGGUGACUUCGGGUUAAGGUAUUUCAAUACGGGAAAAUCUGUUCAGCGAUGUCAUAUUACGGAUGCACUGCUGCAUCACAACCGAGAUGACCCCAGAGUAGAAACUGAUGAUGUUGUAAAGCUAGCAUUGCUGCAUCUGUUGGGCAAUGUUAUGUUUGGGCACCAGUCAUGUGUUAGUUUUCUUAUUGGAUACAUUAACCUAGUAGAUGAUUUGGGUGCAUUCAAUAAAUUCCCAUGGGGUGAAGUCAUAUGGGAAGAGUUGUUAACACAUGCUGGGAGAUGUGCACAAUCCCUUAAUGCUCGUGGAAGGGGAAGAGUGACGUUUGGAGGGUUUGUCUUUGCCUUACAGGUAUGGGCAUUUGAGAAAUUUCCUUCCUUGAGAGAGUCGGGGCAUUGUCAAAUUGUAAAAGGAAGAGAAGAUUGGAUUCCAUGUUGCCUAAGGUGGGAGAUUUAUGCAAAGAUUUCAGCACAGUUUCUUCAUGAAGCCAUAUUUGAAAAUCCAGAGUUUGAAGUGUCAAAGAUUGUUCCAAGUGAGAAGGAGUUAAAUGAUCCUUCAUUGGCAUUAUUUGCUAGUGAAUACAUAAGAAGGGGGAUAGAUGACACUCUGCAACAUAUUGAGUGCUCAGAAAAGGGUGCAACUGUAGCAAGAAAUCUGAGUGUUGGCAGUGCUAAGAAAAGGAAACUUUCAACAACUGGAAAUGCCCAAAACAAGCCAAAAGAGAAGAGAAAGAGAAUUAUUCACAGCAUGAAAGGGGAAUUUCUUCCAAAAAGAAAUUCAAAGAGGAAGAAGGAGAGUCAGAGUCAGAUUAUAACAAUUCUCAAUGACAUGAAAAAAAUGCAAGAAAGCCAAGGGAAAGUGCUAAAGAUGAUCCUUGAGCAGUUAGAAAGACAAAAGGGAGAUGAUACAGAGGAGAGGGGUUUUAAAAAGAUAGAUGAUGAAAUUGUCAAUGAGAAUGUUGAGAGUGAAGACAUGGAAAAUAAAAACAUGGGGAAGGAUACUAUUUUGGAAGAAGAUGGCACUAACCAUGGAGAUGUGGGAAAGGAUGCUACUUCCAGACAUGAUGACAAUGAUCUUGGUCAUGUUGACACCACAGUCAGUAAUGAGGGAGAUGAUAAAAUUAAAGAAGGUAUGAGAGAUGAAAGAAGCAUUGAGACUUUGCCUAAGUUGUCUGAAACACAGUUCAGUGAUCAGUUCUUUGAACAAAUGGACAAAGAAGUGAAUACUAUUUUGAAAGGCACAAUUGAAGGAAAUAUCUUUGAGAAGGAAGGUGGAUCUGAUAUGGAGCCCGCACCUAAUCCGAAUUUCAAGAAAGUGCAGAUGGAUUCUACAAUUGAUGAACAAGGAAUCACUUUGCCUGAAGAGGGGAUGGAUAUAAAAGGGAAAUGUAUGGAUGUGGAUGUUGCAAAUAAAGAGCUUGUUGAGCAUGUGAAAAUGGAUACGAUAAUUGAUGCACAACCAAUAAGUGAAUACUAUGGAAAUGCUGAAAAUGAAGCCCCUUGUGUGCAGACACGUAAGAGUAAGAGGCAAACUAAAGCGCCCCAAAAGCUCUCACUUUCAGGGCGAAAGGUGCAAAACAAGACACAGAAAAUGAAGGAAGCUGUGAAGAGCAAGUUUGAAGUAACCCUGAGUCAAAUGGAAGUCGUGAUUGGACCAUUCAGCCUGAACCCUAAGGAAAUGCCCCCACAAGAAGAUAUUGAUAAACUUAAGACAUUCCUUGAAUGUGGUGUGUUGAAGAGGAAGGGCAGAACAGGAGUGAGAAAGAUUUAUACAAAAGGAGAUGAAAACAUGACAAAGAAGCCUAUCGUACUGGAUAAGUUCAUAAUCAGCAGCAAAACAUGGCUUUAUGAUCUCUUCAUGGAUCAAGAGUGGCUGGAUACACUGCAUAUGGAGGUUGGCAUGUUUUACUUGGAGGUGAAAAGAUUCAACUACAAGCUCACACAAACAUACUCAACUGUGACACCUUUUUUCCUAGAAUGUCUUAAGCGGCAUCAAGACGACAUUGACAAGAAAAUUAAAAUCAAAGAAGAUGUUGGAAGCGUUUCAAACUUGACAGCUGAAGUGUUUGGUUUUGCAAGAAAGUGUUCUUUCCCAUGGGCCCGAUCAGAUUUUGUCUAUAUGCCACUGAAUACUGGGGGGCAUUGGGUGCUGCUAGUGUUAGCGGUGGAGUCCAAAAUAGUAUGGGUUUAUAAUUCAAAGGGAGGGAGAUCUCUUAAAGACAUUGCUGAAUAUAGCACUUGCAUCAAAUGCCUUCUAUCCAAGUUAAUGGAUUUGUGUGAUGUCUACAUUAAUCAUCCUAGUGGACCAAUGGGAGACAACAAGCUUGAUUUGAAGGCUGCAGAUUUUUGCCCACAACAGACUGAUGCUGGGAAUUGUGGUAUGUUUGUGCUUAAAAUUGCAGAGUACCUCAUGAUGGAUAUGGACAUUAGGGACAUCCGUACAGAUCAGAUGGCAGCAUAUAGGAUGAAGAUGGCUACAGAGCUAGUUCGAUUUGCAGAGUCAAAUAUGGCUGCAAAGGAGUGACUAUAAAACAUAUUGAUGUUAUUAUCUAUUUUGUGUAUUGAGCUGGUUGAAAACUCUAUUGCUAUUUUUGCUUUGUAUGAUGAAACCUUUGGUGUAUGACAACAAUGCAUAUGGUCAGUGAUGGUCAUUGGGAUAUUGCAUUGUGACUUGGUUUCAUUCUGUACUAGAAUUCUGUGUUUGGGUACAUGUGCCUUUGUUGUGUUUUGAAGUAAUGUGAAAGUGAAACUGUUGAAAUUGUGUUGUGUUAAACAUGUUUUUUAAAUCAAUUCUAGUGAAAUAA